UAUGUAGGUAGUAAACAGAGUAUAAUCAAUGGUGAAAACUGAAAACACGAACUACAUUCCCCCAGUCGGUUCUAAAAACUAAUCAACCCCAAAACCAGUAAUCGUUACACUUCCAUUCUUUCUUUCAGAUCUCCACCUCAUAAUUUCUCACACACAAUCUCUAUCACUUAUGGAAAUCUCCGCCACUCGCUACCUAUAAAUAACCCCACUCUUUUUCAUUUUUCUUUUCAUCCAACCCUCCAUUAAUUCCGGCUACUUUUAAGUCCACAAUGAACGGCGACAACCUUCACCACCGUUCUGUACCACAAACAACCACCCUCCUGAAAACCCCCAACAACAUUUCCAUCAAUAAGAUUAAUCUCAAGAAGACCCCCAAUUACGUGUCCUCUAAUGGUAAGAUGUCUGAUCAGUGGCACACUCAGUGGUGGUCGUUGGCUGAUGCUUCGUUUUUGCGGUGGACGGCGGCUGAUAUAAUCGGUGUGUUCAAGUACCACCCUGUCCCGUGCUUUUUCGCGGUUACGCUGUUGUUUUUCAUGGGUGUGGAGUAUACGCUCCGGAUGAUACCGCCGUCUUCACCGCCGUUUGAUAUUGGCUUCGUCGCCACCGUCUAUCUCCACCGUAUCCUCGCCUCUAGUCCUACUCUCAACACCGUUCUUGCCGGGCUUAAUACGGUGUUUGUGGGGAUGCAAACGACGUAUAUAAUAGGGACGUGGGUGAUUGAAGGCCGGCCGAGAGCCACCGUCGCGGCGCUGUUCAUGUUUACGUGCAGAGGGAUUUUGGGUUAUUCUACACAGCUUCCGUUACCUGAGGGAUUCUUGGGUUCGGGUGCAGAUUUUCCAGUUGGAAACGUGUCAUUUUUCUUGUUCUAUUCAGGCCACGUGGCAGGAUCAGUAAUUGCAUCACUUGAUAUGAGGAGAAUGCAAAGAUGGGAAUUGGCGAUUCUAUUUGACACAUUGAACAUAUUACAAGUGAUGAGGUUGUUGAGCACGAGAGGUCACUACACCAUUGACUUAGCAAUAGGUGUAGGUGCGGGUAUGUUGUUCGAUUCCCUUGCGGGAAAAUAUAUGAAGAAUGCAAGCUCGAAUGUAGCAGAGCAAGAUGGGUUAUGUACAAACCGGCCUCUUUUAUCUUGAUGUUUUUAGAGUUGGUUAAAACUUAAAUGUUGAUAUUUGUAUACUUUGAUGCUUUAAUCUUUAGAUUUUUUAGUUUGUUUUGA